UUGAAAUUGGAUCAACAUAUAUAAACGAUCAUGCAGCAGUGAAUUUUAUCCAUCACAUUGCUAAGGUUGAACUCUCUCACACAGAAAAACAAUGUAAAGCUGUUCCUUUUCUGUCUUUUCUGAUGGACGGAACUACAGACAUCUCGGGAUCUGAGCAAGAAACAUUGUAUUUACGGUAUUCCAAAACUGGCAAUGUAACCGAGAGGUUUCUGAAUACAAGUUCCCCGAAAUCAACAACAUCUGCAGACCUGUAUGACCACGUAAUUGAUGUGCUCAAACAAACAAAUAUUGACAAAGACAAACUUGUGGGCAUGGGUACUGAUGGUGCUUCCAACAUGACGGGUUCUCGUACAGGAUUAUCAACUUUGAUGAAACAAAGAAUAAAUUCUGAACUAGUCAAUGUUCAUUGCUUAUCGCAUAGACUGGAAUUAGCCUUCAGAGAUGCCAUUAAGAAAAACAAGCAGUAUGAAAAGCUUAUGACAUUUCUCAUUGGCGUACAUUAUUUCUACAAGAAAAGUCACAAACAAAAAACUGGCCUUCUCACAGCUAUCUCCACUAUCGGCAAGGGAGUGCUUCCACCUAAAGUUACAGGAACCAGGUGGCUACCUCACCUCUUCAGAUCAGUUACAGCGCUUCUCAAGACUUUUCAGGCAUUAGAAAUCCACCUUGCGACUGCCAGUCAUGGAAAUCCUAAAGCAGAAGGUCUAUACAAGCUGAUGACAGAUAUAAAUCUGUUAGCGUUCUGUAUCUUUCUACUGGAUGCACUGGACCCAGCGAUGAGGCUUUCCCUCAAGCUCCAAAGAUCUGAUGUGACGCUCUGUGAUAGCCUGUGCUGGAUUGAAAGCACAAUGGAAAUUCUACAAGAAAAGAAAGGAAGGUACUGUAGUCACCGUUCAAUAUUAAAAUUUGCCAUGAAAUAAAAAGAAACAUAAACUUAUCAAUAAUAUUAAC